AUAUCUUGGUUACAACAACAUAGCAACCAUCAAAGAAGGAGCAUUCACGGGGCUUUCAAAUUUAAAAGAAUUAGCUCUUUCGGGCAACAGCAUUUCAAGCAUCAAUGAAGGUGCAUUUACGGGGCUUUCGAAUUUAAAAGAAUUAUAUGUGUACGAGCACAACAUUGCAACCAUCACAGAAGGUACAUUCACGGGGCUUUCAAAUUUAAAGGGAUUAUAUCUUGGUUACAACAACAUAGCAACCAUCAAAGAAGGAGCAUUCAUGGGGCUUUCAAAUUUAAAAGAAUUACGUCUUGACAACAACAACAUUGCAACCAUCAAUGAAGGUACAUUCACGGGGCUUUCAAAUUUAAAACAAUU